GUCAGUAUUAUGGAAUGGAUCAUGAUGCAUUUGAACAUGCUGUGGAACAUGAAUGUUUGGAACUGUCAAAUCACCAACUUCCAGAUAACGGAAAAUAUAAUUCACAGCGUACAUACAACCCUUACAAUCGAAACAUGGGACAGAUGACUGUUUACAGGUUACGAAUAAAAUGUGAUUGUGCAGGAGACCCGAGGUUACAACAACAAGGUGCAAGGUGUAGCAAAGUCCUUCCUUAUAAUCAACAAGAAUGGCCAGCAUACAUGGGAAAAUAUGCAAACAGUCACUGGAUGGAUAGAAAUCAUCAGAAUUCAUAGACAAUUAUAUAUGUACCAUGUCCCACCUGUGGAGACUACCAAUUUGAAAGAUUACACACACGCAAAGACUACCCAUUGUAGACUACCCAUACAUGAAGACUAUCCAUUUGUAACCUACCCAUGCACAGAGACUACCCAUUUGUAGACUACCCAUUUGUAACCUACCCACGCACAGAGACUACCCAUUUGUAACCUACCCAUGCACAGAGACUACCCAUUUGUAGACCAACCACACAUGGAGACGACCCACACAUGAAGCCUACCCAUUUGUAAAACCACCCAUGCAUGGAGACGCAUUUGUAAAGAUCACCGUUGCUUUGAUACUACACAUGUAUAAAACUAUACAUGUAUAGACUAUAAGAUCUUGUUGGCUAUGUGAUUAAGAAUGUAGUUAAACAGUUUAGUCUUAAAAUACAAAGACGUGAACAGGCAAUUAAUGAAUUGAAAUUACAAUUUAUAAUGUCAUAUUGGAUUUUUCCUUUCAUUACCCCAUAGGGUCAAUGCAUUAACAUUGUCAAUGUGCAAUAUUUUACUUGAACUACAUGCAUAUAACAUUAGAAUAAUAUUUUGGGAGUGUAUUUGCUACUCUUCUGUUACUUGCAUCAAAUUGUUCCGAAAGCAAAAUUAAUGGAACACAAGAAAUUAUUCCAAACCUCAAAAAUGUUGGUCAGUGAAAAUUUAGGAUUAGGAUCACCUGUAGAUUUUCAUGUCGCUCAAUGU